ACAGAGGCUGAGACAGACGUGCAGUGACGUUACAGUGGUUGUGAUUGGCUGAAGCAGCUGCAGAGUGCAGACAUACACACAGGGGGACAGCCUGGUGUGUGUGUGCUGCUGUACUUCCCUGUGCAAACUUCACGACUCUUUAAAUGAGCCUGUGACCGACAGGGUCGCUGCUAAAAUGCUGCCACACGUCAUGUGUCUGGAUUAUUGCUCUGCUGUGUCACACUGAGCUGGGUCCGUCUCAAACAACCUGCUUUUUUAAGGACCCAGGCAGCAGAGGAACACACGGGGUGUGUCUGGACAUUUUCAAAAGAAUUAAACUUUUUAUGCUGCUUUUAUUUUGCUCUUUGAAGUGAAAGGAAAGUUUGAGCUGAGGAGGAACCAGAGCGGCACCAUGCCGGGGAAUGGAGGAGUGUACGCGGUGAAGAGGAGGAAGAAGCCUGUCCAGAAAAGUGUCAAGCCUCCGCCUGUGAAGAUCAAUCCGUCCAAACGCCACCGUGACCGUCUGAAUGGAGAGCUGGACCGACUCACUGAGCUGCUGCCGUUCUCUGAGGAGGUCAGAGGUCGCCUGGACAAGCUGUCCGUGCUCCGGCUCAGUGUGGGAUACCUCAAGGUUAAGAGCUACUUCCAUGUGGCGCUCCAGAAGCACACGAGGUCAGCUCCUCUUGUUUCUGCAAACGACAGAAUUGGACAGUCGGCAUCGCUGGAUGGAGUCAGUUUCUCAGAGGGGGAGCUCCUUCUGCAGGCUUUAAAUGGCUUUGUGUUGCUGGUGACGACUGAUGGCACGAUCUUCUACACAUCCCCGACCAUCCAGGACUUCCUCGGCUUCCACCAGUCUGAUGUGGUGCAGCAGAAUGUGCUUGAUCUCGUCCACAUGGACGACAGAGAGAUGUUCAAGUGUCAGCUCCACUUCGCCCUCAACCCCAACGACACACACUCAGACGUGAGAGCAGAAGAUGGGCAUUCAAGCAGUAAAGCCUCCAGCAGCUCAGUGAGCUUGUUGCCUCAGUACAUCCCUCCAGAGAACUCCUCGUUCCUGGAGAGAAGCUUCUGCUGUCGUCUCCGCUGCCUCCUGGACAACACCUCUGGAUUCCUGGCUCUGAACUUCAAUGGACGUCUGAAGUACCUGCAUUUGCACGGAAACACAGGGGCCGAUGGGACCGCAGCUCCUCCUCAGCUGGCUCUGUUUGCCAUCGCCACUCCUGUGCAGCCUCCUUCAGUCAUGGAGAUCCGGACUAAGACCCUCAUCUUCCAGACGAAACACAGAAUGGACUUUGCUCCUCUGGGCAUAGACACCAGAGGGAAGCUGGUUUUAGGAUAUUCAGAGAUCGAGUUGGUCACACCAGGCUCCGGCUAUCAGUUCAUCCACGCUGCUGACAUGAUGUACUGCGCUGACAACCACCUCCGCAUGAUCAAGACUGGAGACAGCGGCUUCACGUUCUUCAGACUGCUGACUAAAAAAGGACACUGGUUGUGGGUUCAGGCCAACGCCAGGGUCGUCUUCAAGGGAGGGAGACCUGACUUCAUCAUCGCUCGGCAGAAAGCCCUCACAAACGAAGAAGGAGAGGAACACUUGCACCAGAGGAGACGGCAGCUUCCCUUCAACCUUGCCACAGGUGAAGGCGUCCUCUACUACGUUUUUCUGGAGUCUAUCCCCGGUCCUCCUGGCUCCGGUGCACCGGGCUCCACAGUGCCCACAACAGAGAAACCUUUGGACCCCGCCUCCCUGCUGGGAUCCCUUCGCCGGCAGGACCACUCUAUUUACACCCAGCCUCAGACACCCAGUCCGCAGCUCCAAAUCCUAAACCAAUUAGAGGACUCUGAUUGUGAAGAACAACUCCAGCCGUCUUUGGAGCAAGCCUUCAUGGACAGCCAUGCUCUGCUCAGCGUGCCGGGCCAGAUCCAGGCCUCGCAGAAGAGGACACUCACCGGGGACCUCACAUCUGAAGCCAUGAUUGACUCUUUGGAGCAGAUUUUGGGGGAUAUUGGGGUUGGAGGGAUCGAGGGGCUUGAAGUGGAGGAGACGGAGCUGAGGGACUGGGAGAACAUGCUCGCCAGGAUGAGCGACCAGAGGGAAGACGUAUCAGAGGAACUAAAUCACAUCCUGGCUAACGAUGUGUUCACGUACGUUGAGGAGGCUCUGCGGAGGGAGACUGGUGUGUGUGUGCAGGACUCGGAUCAUGUUUCUGGGUCGAUUAACAGUUCAUCCGUCCAAGGAAACCAUCCUGGAUCUUUGUUUUCAAACAGCCAGUGGCAGCCAGUGACGGACAUGAAAUCUGGCUUUGCAGAGCAGACUCUGUUAGGAGGUGUUUUUGGCGGUGUUGGGUGUUCGCCUGGACUAAACGGCGCUUCUCAAGUUGCGUCUCACACACCAACACCCACACAGUGUCGUAACACUCACCAGGGACACACCUCUUCGUUGUGGCCUCCGAGCAGCAACAAUCACCACUGUGGCAAACAAAUGAUUUCUACACACGCUGAAGUGACACAACAUUUUCCAUCUGUUAAAAGCACCAACAGUAUCCACAGCAGCAGCCGUCAGUCAGGCUUGGAUGUGACGGGCCAAACUGUACAAUACACGCUGACUGGUUCACAGAGCUUGUCAGCGUGGCGGCAACAGCAGCUGCCGCAAAGUUUUAGCCAUCACACACUGACACAUUCCUCACACACACCAGGCAGCAUGAGCUCGACAGCUCAGCCUUUGUACCCGCAAACGCAGCACUUAUCCGGCAGCUGCAUGUAUGAAAAAAGAGAAGGCCACAUACCGAGCGCUGCUACCGUUGCUGCCCAACAGAAUGGGCCCCUCCUGGGACCUUCCUGCGCCAGAGGAACCACACACGCUGCAGGGUCGACCACAAAUGCUCCCUUUGCACUGCCACGUCCAGGCAUGGCGGCUGGAGUCAUCAACCAGGGGAUGAUGCACCCAGCGGCGGCAGCUGGCUGUACGGAUUUUGGCAAUAUCGGUUUGGUUCAUCUGAGCGGAAACAACGCUGGUCUGGGAGCAGCUCACUCAGAAUAUCAUCCUGAAAAUGGAUCAUUACAGUCGUCGUUCUUCUGUUGGAGCGAUGGCGCUCAGAUCCCCAAAGUCCCCCUGAACGGUGUCAUUGACCCGUUUGCCUUCCCUGCCCUUCCUGCUGGGAGCAUCAACCUGUCCCAAAACACCGGCCCAUAGCUGCCUCUGCUCUGCUCUGCACUCACAGACUCUGAUCAGACCCAGAGAUACGCCUGAGUAUGAUGAGGACUUUGUGUUUCUGGGAUGCUUUGUGUGAUAUUUUAUAGAUGUUGUGUCUAUGAACCCUCUCAUUUCAAACAAACGUUGCUACGUCAGUCUUUGCUGAUGAUGUAGCUGUGAGUAUCUCCAGUCUCUGGGCAUUUGAGCACUGACUCUUUAAAUAGUUAUCAAUCAGCCAUAACCAAUAAUUUUACACAUACUCGUUCUGCAAGUAACCAACAAUGUUGUGAAGUGUCCUGUCAGCUGAUUGGAAGCUGCACCCGACAGGAUUCAUUGCAAGUGGACUUUCUGUACGGAAUAAAGGACAGUUACAGCAGGUUAACUCCUCCUACUCUACAUCACAAUGUGAAUCUGUGAACAUGGUUUAUAUGCAGUUUAUAUCAGUAUCGUUCUUUGAGUGGCGUUUAGAAGACAAAUCCAUAGACGGUGUAAAAGAAGUGGACGUAGCACCGUGACAUCACCCUUUGGUUUGUGGACGAAUGCUUUGAAGCCACAGGUUUGGCAUUUUGGCAUGGAUGUUUAAUAAUACCUAGAUACUGGAUGAUGGCGCCCGUUCAGUCCAGUGGAGCUGCUCGCCUGGUGCAAAGGCCAAAAAAGGUUUUUACCUAUGGGGUUUACUUCCAGGGUAUGUGGCACACUAAAUAUGCACAGUAGUGUUUCGCCUGCGAGUUCCUGCUCGGCUCAAAGACUUCCCACUGUGAUGACACCUUAUUUAGGUGACACGCCAUCCACCAUCCCCUCCACCUCACGAUGACAAAGUCAGCUCAUGUACUACUUUAUAUGUUCACUUUUGAAACAUUGACAUCAUAUGUAUAACACGUGCAAACAUCACAUAUUUGUGGUUUGCAGAAACCAUGACCAUGACAUUUUCCUCUGGCCACAGGUAUGAACAUUGUGUCUCCAAAGACGUUUGGAUUUUCUUCAGAAACUUAAGAGUGAAAUGUAGAAACAAGUUUUUCCCCGACACUCACGCAGCUUUUGUUUGAAAAGAACUGUGACUCAGACUGAUGCUCCACAUUUAAGAGUCACAGUUAACACUUAGAUUUGCCAAUUAUCUGGCAGUUUUAAAGGAAUUGUGUAUUGAAUAAUCAUGUGAGACAUGAAAUGCAAACAAUGCAGUAUUAAAAUACUGUAAAAUCUAUUUAAUUGAACUCAACUGUUGAUGUGACCAAGAUAAUCCUAAUGAAACAUAUUUUCACCCCUGACAUUUAGCAUGUAGUAGCCAUAUAUACACAUUAAAACAGAUGUAGAUGAAUGUAUAUUUAAGUGUUUAUUAAUGUACAGUAUUUGGCAGCAAUUACAUCUUCAAGGUUCACUUUUGACCUUGGGUAAGUUUGACAACAAAAACUACUUACUGGAUUUCUUUCUGGAGCUUUCAGCCACAUGUCAUGGCUUUGACCAGCAGGUUUGCUCAGUUGUUAUGGAAAUUUUUUUGUAAAAAUAUAACAAAAUAAUUCAUAUUCAUAGAAAAUAUGCAGACAAGUUUUAUUUAGGUUACAUUUUGACAUUGACUGUUUAUACACCAGUGACAGUUUUGGUUGUUGACUCGCUCAAAGAAAUGAUCUGGUCUAUUGUCAAGUUUAUGUAUUUCAAUUAAAUGUAAAAAAUUUAAUUGAAUCAAGUAUUUCUAACUAAACAUGAAUAAAUAAAUGAAUAAAUAAAAAGAAAACUGUUAUUAAUACUCUGAGAAUUUAUGUAACUGUAUCUCAUAGCAUUUACCUUAU